AUGAAAGCCCCUCCUAUGUAGCCAGUCCAUCAUGCCAAAGGAAACUUUGAUAUGACAAAAGAUGAAUUUAGAAGAAUUGAAAAAGCUAUGAGCAAACCUGAAUUUGCGGGUAUGCUGAAUGAUUAUAUGCUUGAAAUAUCUGAUCCUAAAAAUAAAGAUGAAUACGAUGAAUAUUUAAAAUAACUACAAAAAGAAGGUGAUUUACCUAAAGAGUUAAAAUUAGUUAAGCCAUAAGCAGGCUUUUGCAUAAAAACAACAAUUACAUCAAAAAGAGAUAAGAAUUAAUCAUAAAAAUUGUUUAUUAAUUGCUGUCACACACCUAUAGUUCAAAUUCCUUCAUUUGAUGUUGUAGAAAGAGAUGGAAAGUAGGGUUAAAAUUGGAAGUUACCUUACUCUGCAGGUAAAAUGCGUUAUGACUAGACUAAGGAUAAAGAAGUUUGUACAACAAUUGAUGUAGCUUUUCACCCAUACACUUUUCAAUUAAUUCACAUGAAUCCUAGAUUCUAAGAACUUGUUUGCUAAACUGCAUUAGAUGCUGCUAAUUUACAAAUGGGUGAAAGAAAUGAGAUAAUCUCUAAAGAUUAUAAGGUUUUGAAGAAUAUGAAAUGUAAAGGUGGAGAUCCUGCAUUAUUGACAGUAAGAGUAAGUGGAAAUACAGGAGAUCACAUAAAUUAAAUGAAAGAAAAAAUGGGUUAUUAGCAAUAACAACAGCCAGGCGAGUAAAGUGAAAUGUAAAGAAGAUAAAAUGGUGAAGGAUAUGAACCAACUCUCUAUAAAGAAAUAAUUAACUAGAAAAAAGAGUAUACAGAAGAAUAAGCUAAAAAGAGAGAGGAAUAAAGACGUAUAGAAGAAGCUCAGGAAGUAAUUUAGGAAGAUGUCGAAGCAAUUGAUGGCAAAUCCUAACCUAUUUAAGCCCCUAAAUAUAAAAUUGUUUACUAAUAUCCUGUUAAUUAUGAGGACUUUUUAGAUAGAAGAGAAGAAAUACAAUUAAAAAGACCUAUUUCUUUUACAGUAGAAAUAAGUCUUCCUAGAGCAAACAAUAUUUCAGAAAUUGCUUUGGAUAUUGAAGAAAAAAAUUUAGUAUUAAAUGUAAAAGAAAAAUACUUUUUGGAUAUAAAGUUACCAUAUUCAGUAUUUCCUGAUGAUGGAAAUGCUUCCUUUGAUAAAAAAAAGAAAGUUUUAAAAAUUAAAUUACCUAUUGAUAAGUCUAAAUUGCCUUUAGAUCCUACUCCACCAAAACCAUUCAAAUAGUUUGAAAGUUCUGAAGAAAAUUAACAACAAGAAGAAGAAGAAGAUUAAGUUAGCAAUAAAGAAAACGCAAACGGAGUUUAAAAUUAAAGAUCAAACAGCGAAAAUCAAGUCUUAUCAGAAAUAAAAUAAAGUGAUAACAAUUUAAUUUAAAAUGAAAAUCAAAAAGUUCAAUAAAGCGAGCCUUUACUUGAGAUAAAAAGUAAAAAUCUAGUCUAAUUGAAUGUCCUAAACCAAUAAACAAAGGAGUAAUUCCUAGAAGAUUAGAUUUAAGUUGAAAAUCCUGUCAUCGAAGUUAUAUCUGAAAAUAAAAAUCAAGAAAAAUCUGAAUAAGAAGUAGAUGAAGACGAUGUUGAAGAAGAUGAAAAUUUUGAAGAAGGUGAAGAAAAACCUUUGAAAUAGAAAAAAAAUAAGUAAUUAGAAAUUUCUUAACCAGUUGUUUUAAAAACUACAUCAAUAGUAUCUUUUAAAAUCCAGCAAACUGCUGAUAAGACUUUCUUAAUUUUCAACAUUCCUUAAUAUGACAAACUGAAUAUUAAGACUAUAAUUUUUGAUGGUAAAGUCUUUAUUUGCUAUGAGGAUAAAAAAACAAUAAAGUAUAAUAGAGUAGAUAUUUCCUAAUAGUUUAAAGCAGAUAAAUCAACUAUUUCACUAGUUACUGAUUACAUCGUUAUCAAUCUUGAAAAAGAGUAAGAAACCUUUUGGCAAGAUUCAGACAUAGCAUCAGCAAAUGAUGAUUAUGAAACUUUUAAGAUGUUAUUUGAUGAAAUGAGUGAAGCCAAAAAACUCUAUGAUGAAAGUGUCAAAUAAGAUUAAAAAAAAAUAGAUGAGGAGAUUAAAUUAGAGAAAUAAGCUCCUGAAUAACAAAAUAAAAUGGAUGACUUGGAUGGCUUAGAUGGAGAUGAUUAAAGUUAAGAAUAAAAUCAAUAGAAUUAAAAAUAAUAAGAAGAAUAAAAGAAUGAAAAAUAAUAAUUAGAACUUGAUAAUAAAGAUGACACUUAAGUUAUUAAAAUAAGUGAAGAGGGAAUAUCUAAAAAUGUCCUAUAAUUUAUUGAAUUCAAUAAUAUACCCUUUGUUUAUGAAUUAGAUUGA